AUGGAGACCAAUGCAGAGUACACAGCAGAGGACACAGAGAUGCUGGAAACCUUCAGGCAGAUGGGGCCACUUCUAGCACAAGAGCGCUAUUCACGGCCAGACGCCGCCAGGGAGAACAAGAAGCACAAACCGAACGGGGCUUCACCCGCAGAACAAGGCGGCGACACGAUGCAGCUGCUGAGGGCAAUGGGCCAACUUCUACUACGAGUGGAUGCGGAGCAACAAGCUCUCAAGCGUCAAGACUCAUGGAUUUGCUUCAUGCAAACAGAGCCCCAAGCCCUCCUUCCAUCCCUGAUUCAGAAGGCGGCCGAGUGGAGACAGCAGAAGAACGUGAAGGAGGAUCCAACCACGGAUACUCAACCUCUGCCGCUACGAUGCCACCUCACACAGCACCUGGGGGAGACUCUACUACACAGACUCCAUCGCCUGGCGGACUGCAAGGAGACGGAUCAGUUGAAGGUCGUGGCCAUCAAGCAUGGACUUCUGACCCCAGACAACACCUUUCCGUUUCAGAAAUGGAGCCAUCACACCCAGGGGCUGAGAACAACCUCCCAGGCACCCAUCACACUUCAGAGGAUGAUCAAGUACGGCGAGCAACUGCAGGACAUCCUGCGCGAUCCCCAGGUGACGAUCCGCUUCCAUUCAAUGAAGCCGAUGGCGGAGGACAAAAUCAUCCCCUGGCUAUGGCAAAUUUCGAUGCGAGCGGACGACCUACAGGUUCUGCUGACGACCCUCCAAGGAUCGACGGUAUGGGGACUCCUCGGCAUGAGUCUGAAACCUCACAGCCUGGGGCAGAGUCGCCCAGCCCAACACCUUCAAGAACUACUGGGGAAGGGCCAGGGGAAGCACUCGAAGAAGGGAUUGGCAGCACUGAGAUUGGCUAACACCUCGAACGGGUGCUUUCUCAAUGCAUCCUUUCUGAGCACGCUGUGGGCGUACUUGAGUGUUGACCUUUUCUCACUUGAACAAUGGGGACCACACUCCACCCAACUUGCCAACAUCCUGCUCAAACAUGAGGCUGAACCAAUCGAUCUUUGUUCCAUUCCAUGCUUUAGUUUGCUCCUUGACCAAUGGCAAGAUUUUGGCAGACAGGGUGACCCUGUGGAAUUCUUAGCACAUAUGAUGCGGGGCCUCCAGUUCACCGGUGUCAACUUGAGCUGGGAAAAGCGCGUGCAGGUGGGAGUUCAGACACAUACAGUUGAUGAAGGUGAUGCAUUCAUGCCCAUCCUUUUGCAAUUUGAUCCAGCCAUGUUGCAAGACAACCAUGUCACACUGAGACAAAUGAUCAGAGACUGGUCCAGCCAGGACGGAAUGGUUGCUGCUUUCACCAAUUCCACUGCCUUAGUAUGCUGCCAGAUCGACCGACAUGUGCGCUCAGGCAAAGGUGCCAUCACCAAGUGCGAUAUCCCAGUCAACUUCCACUGGGGAGUCGAGAUUCCCUUCUUUGAUGGAGAGGGAGUGCAAAUCAACUGGCAAACCUACAAAGUGGUUGCUGCUGUUGCCCACUUAGGCACCGACAAUGCAGGCCAUUGCCGCACGAUGCUCAAGAUCCAGAUGAACGCCACGGCCUCUCCACCUCACAUGUUCCUACUCACUGAUGAUUGGGAGCGUCCUGAACCCAUUUGGAAAGAGCCGAGCUGGUUCCACCGCAGCAUAACUUGCUUCUGGUUGUGUGACUGCGACAGAAUGGACUUGAUGCACUUGCCGGAGGAUUGGCCCAUCACACAACCCAGGGCCACACUCACCACACCACCUGUCUCAGCGGCUGAUCUACUGAAGCUGUUUGUUCCAGGCACUGAAGUUGAGGCCACUCCUGAAUGA